AUGGAGGUGGACACGGCGGUGGUGCAGGGACAGAUCAGCCCAGUCUCUGCAGGAUGGAUGUCUGAGGUCUGCCAGCUGAUCAAACUGGCCGGACCGGUGGCGCUCUCUCAGUUACUGACAUUUUUGAUUGGUUUCGUCAGUAUGGUGUUUUGUGGUCACCGCGGCAAACUGGAACUCACAAGUGCAUCUUUGGCAACUGCGGUGGUGAAUGUCACUGGUAUUUCCAUUGGAAUUGGUUUGGCUAUGACCUGUGAUACGCUCAUAUCGCAGACGUACGGCAGUGGGAACCUGAAGCGUGUGGGGGUGAUCCUGCAGAGGGGGGUGCUCAUCAUGCUCUUGGCCUGUUUUCCCUGUUGGGCCAUUCUCAUCAACACCGAGCCUCUGCUGCUGCUGGUGCGGCAGAAGCCAGAAGUGUCCAGUCUUGCUCAGGUGUAUGUCAAGAUCUUCAUGCCCGCCCUUCCAGCUUCUUUUAUGUACCAGCUUCAAGGGCGGUAUCUUCAAAACCAGGGAAUUAUGUGGCCUCAGGUCGUGACCGGAGCCGUCGGCAACGCCAUAAACAUUUUCUUAAACUACAUUCUAAUGUUCAGUCUUGAAAUGGGCGUGGCUGGCUCCGCUUUAGCCAAUACUCUCACUCAGUACAUUAUGGCUGUGGUUUUAUUUAUUUACAUCUACAUAAAGGGGCUCCACAAGGCGACGUGGUCCGGCUGGUCCUGGGACUGUCUUCGGGACUGGAAGUCUUUCCUCAUCAUGGCCAUUCCCAGUUUGCUGAUGCUGUGUCUGGAGUUCUGGGUGUUCGAGCUUGGAUGCUUUUUAGCCGGAAUGAUCAGUGAAGAGGAGCUGGGAGCACAGGGCAUCAUCUAUAACCUCAUCAGCAUCAGUUUUAUAGUACAUCUAAAGUGUUUUGUUGCAGGGUGUGACUGGAGGAGUUCUGAGAGGAGUCGGGAGCAGAAGCUGGGAGCAGUGUGUAACUUGGUGGGAUAA